CCGCGGUCCCUAAAGUCGGGAAGCGGGCGGGACGAGGGUAGACGGACGGGCUCCGCGGCCAGUCGGCGGCGGGCGGAGGUCGCAGCCGACUUGCGCGUUUCCGUCUCCGCCCCGCGCAGGGCGCGCGUCUCCGGGCGCAGCGAUGCCGCUGCACAGGUUCCCCGUGGCGCUCUGGAGGCGGCUGCAGCAGCGACAGGGCCUCUGCGCGCGCCUGCCCGCGCACUUCCUGCGCUCGCUGGAGGACGCGCCGCCGCCCGCUCCCGUGCACUACCGGCCCCACGGCGCCCGCUUCAGGCUCAACCCCGCGAGCGGGCAGCGGGAGCGCGUGGAGGACGUGCCCAUCCCCGUCCACUACCCGCCCGAGUCCCAGCAAGGUCUGUGGGGAGGCGAGGGAUGGAUCCUGGGCUACAGAUACGUCAACGGAGACAAGCUCUCAAAGAGGGUGAAGAAGGUGUGGAAACCACAGCUGUUUCGGCGUGAGCUCUACAGUGAGAUCCUAGACAAAAGAUUCUCUGUGACCGUGACCAUGCGGACUCUGGAUCUCAUUGAUGAAGCCUAUGGGUUCGAUUUCUACAUUCUCAAGACCCCGAAGGAGGACCUAUGCUCUAAGUUUGGGAUGGACCUGAAGCGAGGAAUGCUGCUGAGGCUUGCCCGACAGGACCCUGAGCUGCACCCUGAUGACCCUGAGCGGAGGGCAGCCAUUUAUGACAAGUACAAGGGGUUUGCCAUCCCAGAGGGAGAGGCCGAGUGGGUGGGUCUGACGCUGGAGGAGGCCAUGGAGAAGCAGCGGCUCCUGGAGGAGAAGGACCCGGUGCCCCUGUUCAAGGUCUUCGUGGAGGAGCUGGUUGAACAGCUUCGCCAGCAGGCGCUGUUGGAGCCCGCAGUGGUACCGAAGAGAGCCAGCAGGAAGUGACCACAGCCCUCCUGUGUCUGAUUGCCAGGCACAGCUUUCCCCUCUGGACUUUUUAGCAGUGUGGACACAGAGUCUGGAGUGGCCCUGAGGGCCACCUGUGGGCAGUGUGAACCCUGUUCUUGUGUGGUGGCCACAGAGCUCCUGGGGUAUGCUUUUUGAAGGCCCGAGGGGCCUUUUUUCACAAGUUCCCCAGGAGGCCUGGUUCCAAGCAGAGGCUCUGCCCGGGUGGGGGCACAUCCUGGGCAGUGUUUGCUGUGCCUGUGGGAUUGGAGUGAGUAAAGUCUGAGCCAGGC